AUGAUGUUUAUGCAUGCGAUGAGUGGAUACGACUCGGCGUCAUCUUUAUAUAACCAAGGCAAGACUAAAUUCUUGAAGAUUCUCUCUAAAUAUCUAGACCUUGAAGAGAUCGUUAGGAAAUUCUUGGAUCCGUCAGCCCAGCCUACGAAAAUUGCUGCUGUUGGAGAAAACUUUUUGGUGACCCUGUACGGGGCUAACCAUCUAACAACUUCCUUGAAUGCGCUGCGAUACAAGCAGUACGUGAAAUCUGCCUUCAAGUUUUCCAGCAACAUUGCAUAUAUCCCUCUUACCGAUACUGCAGCCUACCAGCAUAGCUUGUGUGUAUAUUUACAAGUGCAGCAGUGGCUCGGAAACAGUUUGGAUCCGAAGCUGUGGGGUUGA